UGGCUCCGGUUUCGACUUAAAUUUUAGUUCUAUUUCGAUUGCUUUUCGCUGUGGUCGUGUUUCUUAAAAAAUACUUCCCUUUUAAGGACACGUUAAAAUGAAACAAAUAGUAUUAUUUUUGGCUAUUGCGGGUCUUUAUGUGGCGGCCACCAAUGCGGAGCACAAAGUAGUCUGCUAUUAUGAUUUCGCAAGCGAUUUACGUGAAGGCGUAGGCCGGUUAACGACCAAGCAAUUGGAGGCAGCUCUUCCGUAUUGCUCGCACUUGGUUUAUGGCUAUAUGAUCAUGUAUGGCGACAACUACCAGGUUCACAGUUAUGGUGAAGUGGAUGAAGUGGAUAUUCGUCAACAAUAUUUCGCCGAAAUCAAAUCGUUCAAACAAAAAUAUCCUGAAUUGAAAGUUCUACUAAGUGUGGGCGGUGAUCGGGACAUCGAUGUCGGUUAUCCACGUAAAUAUAUUGAAUUACUUGAGGCUACACAGGAAAAACAGAAAAAAUUUAUCGAGUCGGCUCACUGGUUGGUCGAGUACUACGGAUUCGAUGGCCUAGAUUUGGCCUAUCAAUUCCCGCGUAACAAACCUCGUAAGAUCCAUGGUGUUGUGGGAUCGUUUGUUAAAUCGUUCAAAAAAAUUUUCACGGGCAAUGAAGUUGUGGACCCUGAUGCAGACAAACAUAAGCAACAAUUCACUAGGCUUGUCAGUGACUUGCAUGACAAACUUCAUCAUGAUGGAUAUCUACUGUCUUUGACUGUGCUUCCGAAUGUCAACUCUACAUGGUACUUUGACAUUCCAAAAUUGAACAAACUGGUUGAUUUUGUGAAUCUUGGCACCUUUGACUUUUACACUCCCGAACGCAAUCCUGAGGAAGCUGACUACUCGGCUCCGCUCUUCUAUGACAAUUCCGAGGACAGACUACCACACAACAACGUUAAAUUCCAGACAGAGUAUUGGAACAAUCAAGGCUUCCCAGCUAAGAAACUUAAUGUGGGCAUUCCCACCCAUGGCAAUGUUUGGCAGCUAACCGAUGAUUCAGGCAACACCGGAAUUCCCAUUGUCCACCAUACAGCUGGUCCUGCUCCACCAAGCCCUCUCACAAACAAACAUGGACUGCUUAGUGCACCAGAGAUUUGUAAAUUACUAACACUGCCCGGCAUUGAUGUAAAAAUGGACAAGGAGGCGCAUAUAACCCAUUCGACCUUAGGACAUUAUGGCUACCUUCCAGCAGAAGGUAAAUCUCGUGGUCUCUGGGUUGGUUACGAUGACAUAGAUACGGUCACUAAGAAGGCAGAAUUCGCACUCGUUUAUGCAGGAGGUGUUGCCCUAUUCCAUCUUGGACACGAUGAUUAUCUUGGGGUGUGCGCUAAGGUAAGCUAUCCAAUACUCCGCUCCAUAAAUCAGACAUUCCAGGAUACAAUAAAUGUAAAAUUAAUUUGAAUUGUUGUACUGUAAAAGAAACGUAUGUUUAUUAAAUUUAACAACCUUUAAAAUUAUAAUGAAAAUAUCAUGUAAUUUCACACUAGAAGACAUUAAAGACCUAGAAAAAAUACUUCCUCCAAAAUU